AUGUCUGAACGGUUUAUGACGCUGUCCGACUUCAAAGGCACACCCAGUCCUAUGAAUCGAAUGCUCCGCUUGCGUACGCUAGCUAGAACACAGGCAAAGCAACGUAAUACUCCCGGUAUCGUGUCGUGGGAUGGAGAUCGGCUUCUCAUUGACAAGCAGAGCUUUUCGCUAGCCGAUCUCCGGUCGAUGGUGAAGGGACUCUGCGAGACGGUGCGGUUGCAGCUAUUCAAGGACGUCCUACUCUUGGAUCUAGACGAAAGGGGUUGCGUGCGACCCAGGACCACCCCGCUUCCAGAGGUGUCCGUGGACAAACUCGUCGAUCAGCCAGCCGAGCUGGCUACGGGCUGGAGCUUUCUGAAGCACCCCGACAACCAGCUAGAUAGAUGGCAAGACUGGCUUCUAGACCGGGUGUUGGACGAGGCUCCGCUAAGGGAGAGAUUCAUUCGUGGGAUAGAUAGCACACAAUGGCCGGAACGGACGCUAUGGCGCGAUGACGCUGUAGCUAGGUACAUGAAAGGAGUGCGUCGGUUUAAAGAAGGCCUCUUCACGCUUGUUCACAUGUCUGGCGGCGGGCCUGGUCGCGGGACAGAGAUUACCUCGAUACAGUGCGAGAACAGUGCAGACGGGGUAGGGUAUCGGGGGGUGUUUGUAGAGGGUGGCCUGGUAUCCUUCACCACCACGUACCACAAGGGGUAUAGCUUCAGCAAGCGUGUCAAGACGAUCCACCGCUAUGUUCCCCGGGAGGUGGGUGAGCUGGUGGUGUACUUCCUCAGGCUCGGUCGACCGUUCAUAGAUGAUCUCCAGAUGCUGCACAAUGGCGUUGCCCGCCCUACCGCUUUCAUCUGGGAGCCAGAGCCGGAGGAGCAGUGGGGCGACGAGAGCGAUAGCGAAGAGAGCGACGACAGAGACGAGUACGGCGAAGCCGACCGUAAGAAGGCACGAUCCGCUAACCCAGACGGGUACUGGGGCACCGAUCGCAUACGCCGUGUCCUGCGCAAGCAGACCUUUCAGUACAUGAACACCGCUCUUGGCACCCGCGCCUGGCGGCAUGCCUACCCAGCCAUCCACCGAGAGCUGGCAAGAGAUGGACAAGCACGCGACUGGUUGGAAGUGCUCUACUGGAACAAAGCGCCGGCGAAGAGCAACGCGCAAGCGUUGCAGUCCGGCCACAGCCUUAAAACAGAGGAGGGCAACUACGGCCGCUCCAUGAUGGAGUCUCCCUUUCAGACCAUGGCCAAGCGGGAGGAGUUCCGGCGGGUGAGCAUGGACUGGCAUCGCGUGCUGGAGUUUGCAUCCGCCUGGGAGGACGGCCGUAUGCACCCCGGUGUUCGCGCGGAGAUGGUAGCGCAGCAAGAGAAGCAGGCGCUCCAGCGCUGGUCGUUGCUCGCGAUGGUGGACCUCAAGGCAGAGUUCAGGCGACUCGCUGGACGGCCGGACGCCGAGUAUCGUGGCAAGCAAGAAGAAAGCCUCGAGGCUGUAAUGCAGCGACGGCUGCGCGUGCUAGUUGUUAUGGCUACCGGCACCAGCAAGAGUAUGCUGUUCAUGCUGCCCGCGUCCGUCUCGCCAGGCGGCGUCUCCGUGGUCGUGGCUCCGUUGAAUGCCUUGCGAGACGAUCUGCAAGAUCGCUGCGACCAGCUCGGCAUCCCCUGCGCGAAGUGGGAUGGAAGAAGACCGCCGUACUGGGCUCGUAUUGUGCUGGUGACGCCUGAGAGCGCAGUCACGAAGGCGUUCGGCAGGUUUAUUAACGAAAAGCGCAUGCUCUAUCAGCUAGAUCGUAUCGUGAUAGACGAGUGCCACGUGCUGCUGGAGUCGACACAGGACUGGCGGCCAGACCUCCUCAAGAUGGUGGAGAUGACGGAGAAGGGCACACAGGUUGUCUACCUGACUGCAACCUUGCCGCCUACGCUGCAGCCCGCCUUCUUGCACACCGCAGGGCUCGAUGCCUAG